AUGACUUCAAUUGGUACUGGUUACGAUUUAUCAAAUAGUGUUUUUUCACCAGAUGGUAGAAAUUUUCAAGUUGAAUAUGCUGUUAAAGCAGUUGAGAAUGGUGCUACUUCAGUAGGUAUCAAAUGUGAUGAUGGGGUUGUAUUUGCCGUAGAAAAGAUUAUUAGCUCCAAACUUUUGGUACCAAAGAGAAAUGUUAAGAUUCAAACAAUUGACCGUCAUAUUGGUUGUGUCUAUUCUGGGUUGAUUCCAGAUGGUAGAUACUUAGUGAAUAGAGGUCGUGAAGAAGCUUCGAAUUUCAAGAAAUUAUACACUAAGCCAAUUCCAGUUUCUGCUUUAGCCGAUCGUAUUAGUCAAUAUGUUCAAGCCUAUACUUUAUACAAUAGUGUUAGACCAUUUGGUAUCUCUGCUAUUAUUGGUGGUAUUGAUGAAGAUGGCUCUCAUUUAUAUAUGGUAGAACCAAGUGGUACCUGUUGGGGUUAUAAGGGUGCGGCCACCGGUAAAGGUAGACAAGCUGCAAAAGCUGAAUUAGAAAAAUUAUUUGAUAGAAGCACUGAUGGUUUAUCUGUAAAGGAUGCAAUUAAGGAAGCUGCUAGAGUCAUUUAUAUUGCACACGAAGAUAAUAAAGAAAAAGAUUUCGAAUUAGAAAUAAGUUGGUGCUCUGCCACUGAAACCAAUGGAUUACACAAGUUUGUUCCAGAAAACUUACUGGAGGAAGCUAUUGAAUAUGCUAAGGAGCAAUUAGAAGGCUACGAAGAAGGUGAUAGCGAUGAUGAAGCUGCUUCAAGUGACGAAGAACCUGCCACUGGUGAUGCUGAUGGUGACGUUGCAAUGGAGUAA